AUGACAGGUAUCUACAAGCAGACAGAGGAAAUUCUUCGAACUUGGUUACAUAAUGUUGGAUUUGACCUUCAGCAGGCAGUCCGACCAUUUCACACAAAACUUUACGCAGAGCUCGAAGAGUGGAUCAUUUCUCAGGAUCUCCAGGAGCACCAAUUGAGCCGCAUUUGGAUGCUCUUGCCAGCAUCUACCAGCGCCGCAGACAAGUGGUAUCCUCAAGCUAGUUACCAGUUGAAACGAUAUAUUGCACUCUUCACCACUUUUCUUCUCUAUGUGGACGAUAAAGCAGAACAGGACCUUGAACAUAUCCUGCCCGAUCUUCAGAGAGUUUCAUCUGGUGCCUGCAAUGGACUCCAUGCUCUCAAGUGUGAUGAUACUGUUUUCAAUAUGUGGUUAGAGCUCGUUGCUACUGAAACCGGAACUUUCUAUGGCUCAUAUUCAACUGGGGUCAUCACCAAAGGCCUAGUCGACUUCAUGCUGGGGAAUACUGUUGAAUCAAAUGUUGCUGCAGGCCUGAAGGUUCCAGCAAAGUUUGGACAACGAGGAUCCAAAUUUGUACGUGACAAAACCGGAGCUGGGGAAGUUUACGCCCAUUUUAUAUUUCCUGAGCACCUUGCAGAAGAAAAUCGGCACUUGCCGACCUAUGUGCCCUUCAUCGCAUGUAUGCUUGACAUCAUUGAUGAUGUAAAUGAUAUUCUAUCGUUCUUUAAGGAGUCCGUGGUUGGAACUGAGAUGAACACAAAUAUCAUGAACAGAGCUCGUACCUCAUGUUGCAGUCCUCAUGAUGUACUAAAGCAAAUUUGCAGCGAAACAGUUGAGGCUAUGCAUGUUGUCAGUCAUGCAUUUGAAGAAAAAGGUGUUGUUGGGAAGCUUUGGAAGGAUUUUAUCAAUGGCUAUAUUAUGUGGCACAUUUGUGAGGACCGGUAUCGGCUGAAGGAAAUUGGACUCGCAAUGAGACUUGGACAAGACAGGGUCUAG